CUCCCGCCGCCCUCCUCCCAGCUCAGUGUCACUUUGGGGUUUCGGAUUUAAAGGGUCCCUUUUCCCACCCCUCCAUCCAACGAGGGCUCUGAGGCGGCAGCUGGGGAAAGGGAGCGGGAGAGCCGGAGCCACCCAGACAAUUCCCUCCUCAGCGGGGAAGCUGAGCUUGGUCUCCCAGAGAGGAGGAGCCGCACUUUCCCCUCAGACGCAGCUUUGGAAGCCGUCCAAGCACCUGAUACGCCUUCCUGGGGCCGCUCUUCUGCUCCGGCCCUCGGCAGGACCGGCGAGGGAGACGAGGCGAGGCGCCCUCACAAGUGCGGCAGGCGGGCACCCUCCGAGACCAACAGGACAGAGAAAAGGGAACCUGUGGGCCGAGCUUGUGGUACCGGCUUCCCCACACACACAGACACCCGGUUCCUUGCCCGGUUGCCGCAAACGAGCGCUCUGCUUCCGGACACAAACAUCCCGAACUCCGGCGACGCGGUCAAGCUGAGCCCGGGGUUCAUCAGGACUGAAACCCUACUUCCAAGAGAGGACAAGAAAUGGCUGAAGGAAAAAUAACAACAUUCACAGCUCUGACAGAAAAGUUUGACCUCCCGAUGGGGAAUUACAAGAAACCCAAACUCCUUUACUGCAGCAAUGGAGGCCACUUCUUAAGGAUACUUCCUGAUGGCAAAGUGGAUGGCACAAUGGACCGGAAUGACAGACACAUUCAGUUGCUGCUGACGGCAGAGAAUGUGGGUGAGGUGUACAUAAAGAGCACCGAGUCCGGACACUACUUGGCUAUGGAUGCCAGUGGACGUUUAUAUGGCUCACAGUUGCCAACGGAGGAGUGUUUGUUCCUGGAAAGAAUGGAAGAAAACCAUUAUAACACUUACACAUCAAAGAUGCAUGCAGACAAGAACUGGUUUGUCGGCCUGAAGAAGAAUGGGAAAACCAAACUGGGGCCACGGACUCAUUAUGGCCAAAAGGCAAUACUUUUCCUUCCCCUGCCUGUGUCCCCUGAGUAGACAAUUCUUCCAUGGAGUAAAAUGUGUCUGUUAGAACCUACAAGGCAGUCACCUUUCUCCCCCGCCCAUUUUUCUCUAUCUCUCACAAAAGAAUGUGAAAAAUAAGAGUGAAAGUGAGUGAGAUGGG